CGCGCGCGGGCUCCCGCCGGCCCGAGCGCAGCCGGGGAGCCCGGCCGAGCUGCGCGCCGCCGCCGCCGCGCCGCCUCCUCGCGCGCCCCUGCCGCAGCGCGCCGCAGGCCGGCCCCCCCGCCCCGGCGCCGGGAAGGAAGGCCGGCGGCCUCGUCACGUGUCCUCGACGAUCGCGAAACAGAGGCAGGGGAUAUUCCAGAAGAAAAAAGUAUGCACUUUCAAAUCCGGGCACUUUUAGUAGGCCACUGAAAAUAAGAGGGGAAUAGCAGCGGUCUGUGUUCCGGUGGUGAGGAGUCCUUUCCAAAUAUAAGAGGAAUAAAGAAGUCACUUCCCCAGCUGUCAUCAUCCUCCAACAGAUUGAGCAAGAAUAUUUCAAGCACUACAGAAAAGACAGUCCAUCAAACACUAGAUGAUGAUCACCCAUGUGAUUUUUUCAAGAAAGGGAAUAGGGUGAAUGAAUCUCAUCAGAAAAGCAGCAAUAUGAAUGCUGGCCCAUCUCGGAAUAAAGUACAACGUUCAAAGAAUGCUUCUGGAAAAAGGCAGAGUGAACCCCAAGUCCCCCAUGUUUCUUCCCAGCUGAAGGGCAGCCUCGUCGGUGUCUCCCAACUCACUGAGGAUAAACAUAAAGAAAGCAUUUCCCCCAAAGGAAAGCCAGAAAGGAGUCCACUCAGUUCCAGAUGUCAGGGGGCCUCCGGGAACAAGCUGUUUCUCGACUUUAAGUCACUGAAAAUUAUUAAAGAAGAUGCUGAUGAGGACAGUGCCAGUGAUCUCUCUGAUUCGGAAAGAAUUCCCAUUCCUCCUUCGCCCCUCACACCUCCAGAUCUUAAUCUUCGAGCUGAGGAAAUUGAUCCAGUUUACUUUGAUCUGCACCCAGGUCAGGGUCAGGCAAAGCCUGAAUACCACUAUCCUGAUUUCCUCCCAUCCCCUUUUAACUCCUGGGACCUGCGGGACAUGGCUGUGCUUCUGAACACGGAGUAUAGAACCGGAGCCGUGCCACACACCGGAGGGCUUCUGGGGAAGUAUGUCGAUAGACUUAUUCAGCUCGAGUGGCUGCAGAUCCAGACUGUACAGAGCGAAAAAGGAAAGGGGGCCAAAGCAAGGCCCCCCACUGCCCCUGGGACGUCAGGGGCUCUGAAAAGCCCCGGGAGAAGCAAGCUCGUUGCUAGUGCUCUGUCGAAGGCUCACCAGGAAGGGGGUCCACAGUCAGGCCCUUCACGAAGGAAAGACUUGCACCGUGAAGAAGUCCAUCCAUCAAAUUACACAUUGGAGACUUCCCCCAAGCCCCUGGAGGUGCUGAGUAGUAGCAGAUUAUGUUCUCAGGAGCAAACCUUUGACAUGAGGACAGAGGAGAAGAAAAAGAAAUCAAAUAAGAGUUCCAAGCUGCAGCACUGGGGUUUGUCCUGUGCUGACAGCAGCCCCAAGAUUGACAGCAGUGGCAACACCCGAGUGCCCACACAGUCAGUGAUGAUUCUGGGCUCCGUGGACUCCUACAAGGCCUCCAGAACACAAGCACAUGCAAAUCUUAAGAAAAAGGGAAAAGCAAAUAACUGUGGUCAUGCCACUAUAUCCAGUGAGAGAAAACUCAAAACAAAUGGAGUAAAGCAAAACACACAUAAAUUCAAAUAAUAACUGAAAUGAUGAAUUGCAGAGGCCUGCGGAUACCUAAAUGUUAGAGCUCUUGCAAAAGUGACAGUUUUGUGAAUUUUAAGAAACUUUAUGAUUACUGACAUUUAAGUGGUUGAUUGGUUCUUUAGUCCACCCCUACCCCACCCCAGCCUCGCUAGGGUUAUUUUCAAAGAAAAGUGUCUUCCUUUGUAUUGACAGCCUUAAGCAAAUGAGAGCCCUUUAGAAGAAAAUUAACAAAGGUCUAUGCCAUAUAAAGAAAUAAAAUGCAAACUCUCCAGGGGAGGAGUGAACUAAACUUCUGCAACAGCAGCCAGCCCAUGUAGGAUGGAGCUCCCCAUUUUCGCUGCACGUAAGUAUAUAAAAUAGUGCGUACUGUUAUAAAUGGUGUAGAAUCCCAGACGUUUGAAACAGGACUCUCAGUGUCCUCCUCAUAAGUGAUUCAAGCGGAAGUUUCGUCCUCAAGUUACAGAGCAUCUAUCUGGAGCAAAGUCAUUUAUCACUAAGCUGCUUGCUCUUUUAAGACAAUGGAAUCUAGUGUUUCCAUACAUUUUCCCUAACAUGGGUUCAAAAAAGAAAGAAUUUUAAAUUUAGAGGUGGUGGUGAAGUCCACUUUGGGGGUUCUCUAAACUGAGGUUAAAAUAGCGUGCAGGCUUUGUCCAGGCGGAAGGCAGUGGGUUUCAGCAUGAUUGUUACUGUUGGCUGGGAGGUCAGAGUGAAAUAUUUGGCCCCCUAGAGUUUCUGGCGUGUGUGGCUUCUCUGAAAAAGUGCCACAGGAAAAACCAUCUUUUAGAGUUUGUAAAGGAGGGCCUGUAAUCAGAUGGAUGCACACGGAACCACUUUGAAUUUAGUAGUUACGACAUUACUGAUUUGGGACCUGGAUCCUGCUGUCUGUAGUCCAAAUAGUGUUGUGUUUUAAUUCGCAAGAGCAGGAUUUUAUAAUCUUGCUGGAGGUUAGGGGAAGAGGACACAUUUCAAGUUGGAGCGGGGAGUGGAAUAUAAAUAAAGUUACUGAAUAUCUCCUGAACGUCCUCAUCUGGUCCUAUGGCUUCCUGGCUCUCCUAAAUGCUUAUUUAACUGCAGUUAAGUAACAUCUACUUGUUCCCAUAGUUGUGCUGUGUGAUUUCUGUGGAUAUUAAUGUGAAUAUCUUUAAAACUUUUGGUUGACUACCUCUUGAUAUGCAGUAUGUUUUAAUGACUAUAGCUGAUUUUAUCCCUUUAAAUGAUUAUUGUAUUUGUUUUUUUACAUACAUGUUUCUAUUUUUUCACCUUUGGGGCAAAUGAAAAACUUGGCACUUUUCAUCUGAAAAUAUAUAAUAGCUUGCAGAUUUUUCACACAACAGUCAAUAUUGUCCAAGGCAUUUUGUAAGUUAACGGCAUAAGGACAAGAUGCAUUUAUAAUUGAAAUAAUGGGCAAAAGUUAAAUAUUAAAGUCCCAUCUUAAAAUGUGAUUUUAAUCAUAUUAAACAACAUAUAAAAUUUUUUAUGGGAGUCUUUUUCUUCCAAGACUUUAUUUCUAGAUUUUUGCAGAUUCCCUCUUACAUUCUUUCUCUCUCACACCACCCUACUGGAGAAGGCAUGCUCUUACACUAGGAUUUUAAACCUUUUAUAGGAACAAAAGAUGUACGUCUAGUAGGUAUUACUUCCGUAGUUCUCAAUAUACUAUA